GCGAUCCCAAGCGCCUCUGGCAUUCUCCUUGUUUCAAACCCAAAGCGAGAGAGAGAGAGAGAGUGAGAGAGUCUCCAUGAUGAGGGGGGCCCAGGUGAUGUUUUCCUUGUUACUCAUAUGCUUCCUCACCAGCGACGUCGUAUGGAAGGCCCAGGCCAUUUGGCUUACCUUACCUAAGGCCGCCAGGACCAAGUGCGUUUCCGAGGAAAUUCACAACAACGUCGUCGUUUUGGGUGACUACGUUGUCAUCUCCGAUGAUCCCACUCAUGACACCUCCACCUCCACUAUCUCCGUCAAGUUGACAUCACCAUAUGGAAAUAAUCUUCAUCAUAAGGAGAAUGUGACACACGGACAAUUUGCUUUCACAACUCAUGAGGCUGGCAACUAUCUGGCUUGUUUCUGGGCAGAUGGUUCUAACCCAGAAGGUGGAGAUGUUAGCGUAAACCUUGACUGGAGAACGGGAAUUGCUGCGAAAGAUUGGGAAUCGGUUGCUAAAAAAGAGAAAAUUGCGGGUGUUGAGCUCGAGCUGAGGAAACUUGAGGGAGCAGUGGAGGCGAUUCAUGAAAACUUACUCUACCUGAAGAACAGAGAAGCAGAUAUGAGGACAGUGAGUGAACGAACAAAUUGCCGGGUGGCGUGGUUUAGUGUCAUGUCCCUGGGUGUCUGCAUUUCAGUUUCGGCUCUGCAGUUAUGGCACUUGAAGCGGUUCUUUCAGAAGAAGAAACUCAUUUAGAUUUUGCUAAUUUAAUUUAAUUUUGUUUCUGGAUGAAAUAACAGAUUCUAGAGAAUUUUAUUUUUAUCGACCUUUUUAUUUAUAAAAUGCCGUUGGCAUAUCUUGAUACCA